UCCUCCCGCCUUCAUCUCUUUUUGUAGCCAAAACCCCUUCUUCUGUCUUCCACAGCUGCCCCCAAUUGCUUAAGACUGCAAUCUCUUGAUUCUAGACGUCUAAUUUUCUCCACCUAUCCCGAGCAAAGCCAGCCAGCCGCGACAAUGGCGGACCCAACCCCAGCCGCAGCCCCCGCAGCAGCGCCGGCAGCGCCGGCAUCGGCCCCCGCUCCAGAAUCCUCCACUUCGGCGCCUCCCGCUGCCGCCCCCGCCGCCGCCUCACCUCCCGCUCAAGCCUCAACGGCUCCUGCUGCGGCGGCUGCCUCGCCGGCUGCCGAUGAUGCGCCCAUCGACCCCGAUGCCAACAUCGAGAUCGACGACGCGCUGCGAGACGAUGAUUCGGCCAUUGGUUCUCAGGUCUCUGCCUUUACCGAAUCGCUCAGCUCCAGCGUCGUCGACUACCCCAUCAAGCACGGCCGACGGUACCACAAGUUCCGCUCCGGCGCCUAUCCGUUCCCCAACGACGAGGACGAGAUGGACCGCCUCGACAUGACCCACGAGCUCAUGUACGUGGGCACUGGCGAGAAGCACUACCUGGCCCCCGUCGAGGAGAGCAAGCUACACAGGAUUCUCGACCUCGGCACGGGAACCGGAAUCUGGGCCAUUACUAUUGGCGACGAGUUCCCCAAUGCAGAGGUCAUCGGAAACGAUCUGAGCGCCAUUCAGCCGACUUGGAUCCCCCCCAACGUCAAAUUCGAGGUUGACGACAUUGAGAGCCCGUGGGUGUACGGCGCCAAGUUCGACUGGAUUUUUUGCCGGUACCUGACCGCGUGCAUCCUCGACUGGCCCAAGCUCGUAAAGAACGCUUAUGACAACCUCAACGCCGGCGGCUGGGCCGAGUUUCAAGACUUUGAGUUCAACUUCUACUCGGAAGACGGCUCCGUCAACGACGACCUGUCGGUCCGCAAGUGGAUCCUGGCCCUCAACGAGGCGGCCAAGAAGACGAAGCGCGAGCUAAACCCGGGCAGCUACCUCGAGGGCUGGCUCAAGGGCGCGGGCUUCACCAACGUCGUCCACCAGCGCUUCAAGUUCCCGCUCGGGCCCUGGCCCAAGGACCCCAAGUACAAGGAGAUUGGUCUGUACAACAUCGCCCAGUUCGAGCAGGGCGUCCAGGUUCUGAUAGCCGGCGUCCGCAAGGACGUGCGGAACCCCAACCUGCACAUCCAGUUUGACUUCCACGUCGCGUAUGGUCAAAAACCCGAGUAAUCAAUCUGCGCGGCCGCGUUCGAAGUCGAAUCUGUUUGGGCGGAUCCAAGUUUGCACACCUCGCCAGGGAGGUGCCUAUUAGUGUCGGGAUUUCUUGGUUAUUAGCAGGAGGGGGCUAUCCGGUUACCUUUAUCGCUGUUUUACGACUCUUGAGCCGGACGACGUUUAUGAAUGGCAUCGUGAAGUGGCAUGAUUGUCAUGACAACGAAGCUACCUAGUUAAUACAAACCUGCUUGCUUUCAUGACGGAUUGAUAGCCCUGUUUG